AAAAGGAAUCGUGGUCAUUUUGUCCUACGGUAAACGAAGGCGAGCGUUCCUGUAUACAGAGCGGCCACAUGGCGCGCACAGGGUCAAAGGUGAGGCAAAGUAUGCUUCAUACAGCCCGAGGCCUCCCUACUCAAAAUGCAUGCUGCCUGUGGCAUUCCAAGUAUGUAGUCAAAGUCCAAGACUUGCUUGAAGUUUCCUUUCUUGAUUGUUUCCCGCCGAAAAUCACGCUCUGAGGCAAAACAAAUCAAAUGUAGGAUGUCGGGGUUUUGUCUUAUCACGCGGGUGUUUGCUUGCCCGCUGCGAGGCACUUGUUAGUGGCUGAGCGACGCCCAGUUUCCAUGGCCAACGUCACGUUCCGACCCGCGUCGAUUUCACCGCCAGCCAAAAAUUCGCGCCUUUCAAUAGGGCGAGAUUAUGAAGGAAAGUGGCUCCAUCUUUUUAUUGGAAUACCCGGGUUUCCAAUCGAAAAGGCUUGUUUUUGUAGGCGCUGGAGCUCAUGGGAUACAGCAAACAGAAGCACCGGCGCGUGCUGGUCGUGGUGUGCGCUGGCCGUGUUUCAUUUCCGAUAUUUCGAGGACACUGUUAUAUGGCGGAGUGGCUGGUGGCCCCAGUUUGGCCAUCUAUCCACUGCGGCCCGCGGCCAGUUAUGGACGCUCACUCGGGAGAUAAGCAUUUCUAAAUACCUGUGCCUGCGAAGCAAACAAGCGGUAUUCUGGAACACAACGCUGGGUAUGAACCGGGCCUUUGCGCCCCACCCAUCAAAGAACCGGUCAUCAAAAUUCUUAUGUUCACUGUUUUGUUCAAAAAGCGCUACAGUUUGUUUUUGGUGGGCAGUGGCGUUCACUUUGCAAGCUCGCGCAUACAGGCAACUCCAUGAUCGUGAUUGAGGAUAUGCUUCAGAAAAAGUGUCUCACGAGAGACAACGAGAAUGCUUUGCCCAAAUUAAAACGCGCGCCGUGAAUCGGGCUGCGAGAAUGCAAUAACCCUAGGCAACAUGAAACAGGUUAUAAAAACAGGAUGCACCUCUGGCCAAAAAUGUUGUGGGCUAGUAGGCCGGGAUCCGUAUAUUCGGGACUGUUU